GAUUCUACUAUAGGUUAUGUGUAUAAUUACUGGUCUACUUCAAAUAAAUACAAAGAAACUGUGGAAGCAAAUUGCAAAACUAUUAAGCUAUUUCAUUGUCUGCACAUACACAAAUUUUUUAUACUUAUAUUAACUAUUAGUUAAUGAAGUGUACUUAUUUAAUUAUCAAGGUCAUUUAACUUGUUUUGGAAAAGCCCAUAAUUCUGAGUGAAAAUGGUUCACUGUAAGGUAUGGUUAGAUAAUUAUCACACAGGAAAGUAUUAUCCUGGAAGCCAAAUCGAGGGAAAAGUAAUAUUAAACUUCAAUAGUGAUACAAAAUUCAGAAAUAUCAAAAUUCGUCUCAUAUGCAAUGAACACACAGAGUGGAGAACUACAGAAAGCUACACUGAACCUGGAAGCAAUGAAUCCAAAACAAGAGAUGUUAAUAUAUAUUCUGAUAACAAUGUAGUUUCUACUGAAAUUAUUUUAUUUGGAGGAAGUUCUGCUACAGCAACUUUACCUCCUGGUCAACACAUGUAUCCUUUCAGUGUUAUGUUACCAACAAACAUACCUUCCUCUUUCAAUUGUGAAUUUGGUUCCAUCACAUAUAAAAUAAUAGCCAUAGUUGAUAGACCAAUGGCAGUUGAUUAUGAAGAUCAGUUUAUUUUUAUUGUUGAUUCAUUGAUAGAUUUGAACCAUCUACAUAAUCCACAACUUUUGCAAUCUACUUCAUAUUCGGAUGAUAAAACAGUAUGUUGCCUUUGUUGUGCUCAAGGACCAAUUACUAUGGAUGUAACACUUCCCAAAAGAACACUGAUACCUGGAGAAGUUGUGAAUAUUCCGGUCAGAAUCAGUAACAUGUCUAACACAAAUAUCGAAUCUCUAGAACUAAAAUUGAUACAGAAAAUUGAAUGUAAAUCUACAACAUCUGUCGAAGACAAAUCAAUUGAAAAUACUCCAAUAAAUUUACAUGAAGUUGGUGUUGGAGCGCAUGGAGAACAUACAUUUACAUUGGCUGUCCAAUUGCCGAAUAAUUUUGUUGUGCCAAACUUUACUGACUGCAAACUAUUUAAAGUCAAUUACACCUACAGGGUUAUCGCACAUCUACCAGGAGUUCAUUCUGCUCUAGUAAUUGAUAUGUACCCUGAAUUGGGACACAUAGAAAUAGGUCAGCAAGCUCCUAUAAAUGGCUAUGGUGAAGGUCCUAAUAGUAAUUCUGCUGGUAUCCCAUUAUAUCCGGGAACAUAUCCACCACCUGGUGCAGGAUUUCCUCAAUAUCCUCCACAAGGAGCAUAUUCACCAGUUCCAACUCAACCUUUUCCUCAACCACCUGGUGUAUAUCCUCCACAAGGAUAUCCUCCAAUGAUCUCUGGACCAGGAUAUUCCUCAAAAGCUCAAGAAGCAGGUAUAUAUCCUUCAGCACCAGCACCACCUAUGGGAGAACAAUUUCCUCCUUCUUAUGACAAUAUUUCAAAAUAAACAUCAAUUACAACUCUUUGGAUCAUCAUGCUUGCUGUAUGUAGGAACUCUGAAACGCUGAAAUGAAAGUGCUGCUAUUAGUUAUUAUACUAGUUAAUAUAAAAAUUUCAAAUUUAUAUGCUGUUCUAAAAAUAUAUUUUUAUAAUGAUUAGAAUUAAAUUUUAAAAAAAUCUAACUAGCCACCAAGAAGAAAAUAACCCAAUAAGGUUUGUGAACCAAUGUAGUUAAUGUGGGCAAUUUGAAAUCUUUCUGGCUGGUUUAAUAAAUUAUUAACGUGGACAGGUUUAUGAAAUAAGUAAAUUUGCACUACAACGGCCGGUUUCAUAAUACGAGGGCCGUUUAUUUUUUCGAUCUCCGAUCGCUCUGUGCAGACGCUACGCGGGCAUGGGCUGUAGGCGACUGCGAAUCUCUCCCACUACACACUCCGCCAUUGUUGACAUUUAGGCGUCAGUCGGCGUUGUGCUACAGCCACGUAAAUAAGUCCGCCAUUAUCGAUGCUCCCGCCAAGUAUGAAUUGCGAAGUGUGAUUCGUUUUUUACAUGCCCCAUAUCCAUCUGUCUAGACAUGACGGUAAUAAAUCAUUAGGAACAUUCAAUGUAGGGAACUGCUUUAAAACAUUUUUUCAAUUGUCUCCGGGUAGACUUGAAUGGCUAUAUGUAAUAUCCUGUCAAAUUAAUGAAUUUCUAAUAAAUUCAAAAGUGAAUAAAUUGUUACUUACCAUCUUGUUUCAAUUUGUCUGCAAUUGCCCUCCUAUUUUUUUCCUUAUCAUUAGUAUUAUGAUACAGACAUGAUUCAGAUUAUAUAAAAUUUCCUGCUCACGCACUAAAUAUAUUAAUUUUUCGGAAUCCAUUUGUAGCCAUAAUUGUUUAAUUACAUGUUUCAUAACUGAGUGCAACUGAUCUGCUAAAUCAUAUUAUCCGUUCAGACACGUUCAUACUGGAACAUUUUUCGUAUUUAUUUACACUCUUUAUUCAUGGGGGAAUUGAUAAACACGGUAUGUUACGUUCUUAAUUUAUUCACAUACUAUUUAUUUAAAAUUAACUAACUGCGUAUGCACAAUCAUUUAUAUACCUUAAUAAAAUUUUACAAAGCUCUAGAACAAAAAGAGACGAAAUAAAUAAAUAAUUAGACUAGAAAUUAUUUAGAAGAAAUACUGUAAAUAAACCGCCUGCUACUCAAAAUAAAAAAAA